AUGAUGCAAGAAAUUGAUACAGACAAGAAAGCUAAAGGUUCGCACUAUAACGAUACUAAUAAAGAUUCAACCAAUAAUGAUACUAAUAAAGAUUCAAUCAAUAACGAUGUUAAUAAAGAUUCAAUCAACAACGAUGCUAAUAAUGGUUUAAACUACAAAGACACUAAUGGAAAAAUUCAUGAUGAAGAAAAAAAUAUCGAAAAAAAAUCGGAAGAUAAUGACAUAAUUGAAAUGAUAUUAGCUGCCGUUAGUACAAAUGAUGAUCCAACUUUGCCUUGUUUAACAUUUCGAUAUUGGGUGUUAAGUACCUUUUUUACAACGUUGGGUUCCGUUAUAUCGGUAUUCUACUACUUCCGUGCAAAUAACUUGACCUAUUCUAUAUUCUUCGUGAUACUCGCAUCUUACAUUGCCGGUAAAUGGUUGGAAAAAAUAUUGCCUAAUAGGAUAUUUCGUAUUAGAGAUUGGGAAUUUAAUCUAAAUCCAGGCCCUUUUAACUAUAAAGAACAUGUGUGCAUAACCGUAGCUGCUGCUGCGGGUGGUCUUAGCGCGUAUGCUGUGGAUAUUAUCGCAAUCCAAGAUUUAUAUUAUAAUACUAAAGUAAAUUUCUUAACUGGUUUCUUGUUACUGAUUAGCACGCAAAUGAUUGGAUAUGGACUUGCCGGUUUUGUUCGAAAACAAUUGGUUCGUCCAAUUAACAUGAUAUGGCCUCAAGCUCUCAUAUUUGCUAGCAUGUACAACACACUACAUGGCAAUAUUUCGGAAACAAAUGAUAGAAUUCGUUUUUUUUAUAUCACAUUUUUCGCUAUGUUCGCUUGGCAAUUUGUACCGGGAUAUAUCUUUCCUUGGCUGAUCAGUGCUGCCUUGUUAUGCCUUAUUGCUCCAAAUAAUAACGUGGCAAGGAUAUUAGGAAGUUCCCAUAGUGGUGCUGGAAUACUUAGUUUAUCCUUUGAUUGGAACGCUAUUGGUCAAUUUUCUCCCCUGUUUACACCAUGGUGGGCUCAAGUGAAUUUUUACAUUGGCGUUGUUUUGGCAAUAUGGGUUAUUGCUCCUUUAUUGUACUUUAAUAACGUCUUUGAUGCCCAGAAAUUUCCCUUUUUAUCGUCUCGUCCAUUCGAUAAGGAUGGUAACAUAUAUAAUCAAAGAAGUGUCAUUGAUCCACAAACCGGUGCCCUCAAUGUUACUGCAUACGAAAAUUAUAGUCCUGUGUAUAUGUCCGCCGCAUUUGCCGCUUCUUAUGGCUAUAAUUUCUUGCAAAUUCCCGCGACCAUUUGUCAUGUAAUAUUAUUUCAUGGAAAAGAAAUUUGGAAUCGAUAUAAAAAACCUCGUGAACAGGAAGAGAAAGAUGACAUUCACUGCAAAUUGAUGAGUGUCUAUCCAGAGGUACCAAACUAUUGGUAUAGUACUAUUUUCGUUAUCAUGUUAAUAAUUGCAAUUAUUCUUUGCUAUACAACCGAUGCAAAUUUACCUUGGUGGGCUUUAUUUCUGACUGUUGCUAUGGGCAUAAUCAUGGUACUUCCGAUAGGAAUCAUUCAAGCUAUCUCAAAUUGGCAACUUGGUUUAAAUGUUAUAGCUGAAUUGGUGUGCGGUUAUCUUUUACCAGGAAAUCCUAUUGGGAACGCAUAUUUUAAAACUUAUGGAUUUGUGUCUUUGUUUCAAUGUUUGUUAUUUGUCCAAGAUCUAAAAUUAG